CACUAUAGUGCAGCAGGCAGCAGAACACACACUACUGGGUGCUGCUGGCUAUUAAUAUUCCCUUAUGAAACUGCUAACAGCCUAUAGUCUAUGUAUUGUCUGCAAAACGCGGGGCGGACCGGGAGGAUAAACACAAAGCCAGAUUCCGCGACAGACGCUGCCGCACUUUCCCAAAUUAAAAUCCCCGUCAGGACAGAGAGAGAGGCAUAGGGAGGGAAUAGAGUGAGAGAGAGAGAGAGAGGGAAAGCGAGAGAGGGGGGGACUGCAGAACAUACAGGGUCUGGAUGAAUAACCAUGGCAACAGCAGCAGCAGCAGGAGAAGCGCUGGUAUAAACAUUGCGAUUUACUCCUUAAAGGCUGGAACCGAACCCUCUGCGGAUAUUACACUACAUCGCUGCUAAGGUGAUGAGUGGGAUUAUACCAUGUCUGAAGUACAGGGAACACUGGAGUUUUCUGUAGAGUUGCACAAGUUUCACAAUGUGGAUCUCUUUCAAAGAGGGUUCUACCAGGUACGAGCAGGGUUGAAGGCGUCACCUCGAGUGCCCCACAGGUUGAUAGCGACAACACAAGACAAUACAGGAGAAUGCAGCUUCAGCUCCGCGGGGGUUUACGACGGCACCGUGUUCAGCCGCAUAUUUCAGAUCCUUUACAGAAAUGAGGAGAUUACGGUGAAUGACUGUAUGCUCUUCAAGGUGCACCUUCUAUUGGAUGGAGAAAGGGUGGAGGAAGCCUUGAGUGAGGUGGACUUUCAGUUGAAGCUGGAUCUUCAUUUCACCGACAAUGAGCAACAGCUGGCUGAGAUAGCGACUGUCCCGCUGAUCAGCAGUCGGACCCUCAGUCUCCACUUCCACCCACGGAGAGGCCUCCACCACCACGUCCCUGUGAUGUUCGACUACUUCCACCUGUCCGUCAUUUCUGUCUCCAUACAUGCUUCACUGGUUGCCUUACAUCAGCCGCUAAUCAGCUUUGCACGUACAGGGAAGGGCUCCUGGCUGGGGAAGGGCUCGCCAGAGAGCGCGAGCGACCCAUCUGCCAUGUCUGUGGAGAACCUUGUGUUCGGAGCUGGCUAUUGCAAGCCUGUCAUCUCUGAGGGAAGCUUUUAUGUGCCCAGUGAAAACUGCCUGCAGAGAGCUCAUACGUGGCACCGAAGGCUCUGUCGCCUCCUGUUGGUCGCACACAGAGGCAUGCACACCUACUACACGGCACUGAUGAAGGAAAUCCCACAGCUCCAGCAGACUCCACUAGACUCAGAUGUGCUGCCUGUUGAAGAAACUCUAAAUCAGCUCACAAUAGAGUUACAGCUGCAAGAAGGCCAUGAGAAGGUAGCCGAGCAGAUCAGCAGGGACGUGAGCCAGCUCUGCUCCCAGCUGGCUGCUCUGUGGGGCCGCUUCCUGGAGGCUGCCGUGUUCAACCCCCACAUCCUCUCCUACCUGGCCCAGGAGCACCACACGCUCAGGGUCAGGAGGUUUUCAGAGGCAUACUUCUUCACCGAACACCCCAAAGAGAUAUCUAUGACUUUUCAAGAGGAACUAAUCAACAGACAUGGCCAGAUAGCUGCAGAAGUGCGGAGCUCAGACUACCUGACCAAGAUGCCUCCUUUACCUGUUGAGUGCCUGGACAUCGAUGGAGACUGGAACAGCCUGCCCAUAAUCUUUGAGGACAGAUAUGUGGAGUCUCCUCAAACAGAGUGGGUAUCACAUGUGCCAACCACUGAUGGGCAGACCAACUCACAUCCUACCAUCACUCCUACCAAUGGUUUUGAAAUCGGCCAGGGAGCCAGAUCACCAGCAAUACCCCAGGAUACCUUGGACAGUGAUGACUGCAUGGACCUGCCCACAUAUGUCUCACUCAUUGCAGAGCAGAGUAAGACCAGCACCAACAUCAGAAGUACCAUGAAACCCAUUCCUACUGAAGACAGUGCUGGACCCUCUUUAGCCCAAUUAGGAAUCUUGAAGGAACCAGAGGAAAAACGAGGUGAGGUUGAGGAGAAGAGUAAUCCAGGCCUGAGGUACAUCACAGUCAAGCCUUGUGAUGUGAAUCCAUGUAGAGGAGAAGCAGUCUUGGUUCUGUCCUCCAACCAGAAUCCCCUAAUUCACUCUAGUAACAGCAGUGAUGAGUCUCCUGCUCAUCAUGAAACAGAAAAUACCAUCCAACUUUGUGAAAACGACAGCAAUUCAAAAGAGAAGGAAAACAAUGAAGAAGAAUCUGAUAUUGCCAUGCCAUUAAAUCACUCCAUGGAUGAUGAGAGUGAGGAUGUUCCUCUCAUCAGCCUUCCCACUGCCUAUGCUCAUCCCUUUCCCGGUGAUCUCAGAAAAGAGAUGACUCACCGUGGAGGUCUAGUUGGUUCCAAGAUCAUGAACCGCUCGUCCUCAGUUAUUUCCGACUCAGGUAUUGAGAGCGAGCCCAGCUCGGUGGCCUGGCCCCUGGAGGCCGCACUACGAGGCCGACCUCCUUUAGACUUCUCCAGCGAACGGGAGAUUCCACAGCAAAUAGUGUGUCGCCAUCCGGUCCACCGCAGCUCUCUGGAAGGCCUGCAGAUGGAGAGCAAUGGCAGCCUUCCAAGUGCAGGUAUACAGGCCUCACUCACCUCAAUUAGCUCCCUUCCCUACGAGGAGGACCAGCAGCAGAGGCAGCUCAGCAAACUGACCAAGUCAGUCUCUGCUCCUCAGAUAAGUAGCCCUGAAGACACUGAGGAGGACCAUGUCCUGCUCAACCAGGAAACAGACACUACGAGUUUGGUGCAACACCAGGAUUCAUUUAAGAUCAACUGCUCUUCGAUGAACAGCAACCUGGAUUCAGAGCAAUCUGAAUCAUCUCUAUUAGACCCAAGUUUAACAACAAAUCAUGACCAUAUUCUCAGGGAGAAUAUUAACUCUGAAAGGUCAAAUCUUCCACACUACCUGUCAGAGACAUACAGAACCAAGUCAGUGUUAAGUGGUGUGUCUGAAGUCUUGCUUUUACAAGAGUCUGCAGAGAGCCCUAAUGUGAAGGAAAGCGCAGUUAUUGGCAGCCAGGGGGAGAAUAUGAACCAUCAAACACACAUCAGUGGAGUGAGCGCCUCAGUGGAGGAUGUGCAUCUCGUUGAAACGGAAGUAGUGCCCUGCAGCUGUGGAAACAAACCAUGUGUGCAUAAAAGUGUAGCAGAUCAGGAGAGAAUUAACACUAGAGAUGGGUGCCAAAGUUUCCAUCAGACCAAACUGCUUACUGUUGAGGACCAGGAUCCCUCCCAAUCACCUCUAGAGUCUUCAGGGCUUCAACACUCCAAUGACCUGCCCAAUGGUACCACCACCACACAGAGGCCGAGUGACCUUACAGGGCUCAUAGCAAAUGAUGACACAUUAUCUGUUGACCUCAAGGGGAUAUCAGCAAGUGAGAAAGAGCCUUUAGACUGCCAGACUAAGCCCUCUAAGAUUCCCAACUCAGGGCUGGCCUUCGUGAAUAAGAAGAUGGUGGAGGUGGUGAACAUGUCAGUGUCCUGUGCCCCAACCUGCUUGCCAUUUUCUUCUGUUCUGAGAGACUCUCCAUCCAUCAGUGGAAUGUCUGCUCGCCAGGCCACCUCACCUAUCACCCAUCAGCCCCUGGGCUCCUUUGGCAUAAUUUCCUCGUCUUCACUCAAUCCCCUGAACAUGGAUGACGAGACCAAUGAACGGAUGCUAAAUUUCUACAAAGCCAAAGAGGAGCUCUUCAAAGAGUUGAGCUUUCAGGCCAGCUUGUACAGUGACCUUCCUCUCCUGGCAUCUGAUCUGCCCUACUUCCCCCCCGAGGAGGAUGAUGAGGAGUUUGAUGACGGCAUACACCUUGUAGUGUGUGUUCACGGACUUGAUGGAAACAGUGCAGACCUUCGGCUGGUGAAGACUUUUAUUGAGUUAGGACUGCCCGGAUCCAGGCUGGACUUCCUCAUGUCUGAAAGGAACCAGACUGACACGUUUGCAGAUUUUGACACCAUGACAGACAGGUUGCUGGAUGAGAUCAUUCAGCAUAUCCAGCUGUACAAUCUCACCAUAGGCCGGAUAAGCUUCAUCGGCCACUCUCUGGGGAACAUCAUCAUCCGCUCGGUGCUGACGAGGCCUCGCUUCCGCUGCUAUUUGCCCAAACUGCACACUUUCCUCUCGCUGUCAGGCCCACACUUGGGAACGCUGUACAACAACAGCACAUUGGUCAGCACAGGUCUGUGGUUAAUGCAGAAGCUGAAGAAAUCUGGAUCCUUGCUGCAGCUCACCUUCAGAGAUCACGUUGAUCCACGGAAAACAUUCCUCUAUCUCCUGAGUCAGAAACCAGGGAUCCAGUUCUUCAAGAAUGUGGUGUUGGUGGCGUCUCCACAGGACCGUUAUGUUCCUUUCCACUCAGCCAGAAUAGAGAUGUGCAAAACUGCUCUUAAAGACAGGACCACAGGGCCCGUGUACACUGAGAUGAUCAACAACCUCCUGCAGCCGCUUGUGGAGGCCAAAGAGUGCCGGCUGAUCCGCCAGAACGUGUUCCACGCUCUGCCGAACACGGCUAACACCCUGAUUGGCCGGGCCGCCCACAUCGCUGUCUUGGACUCUGAGCUUUUCCUGGAGAAGUUCUUCUUAGUGGCGGGGCUCAACUACUUCAAAUAAAGGUGCUAGCACUGCAGGUUUAUGGAGCUGAUCUGGAGGACAAGGUCUUAACCUUCACUUUGUAUAGUAUAUUCAAUGUAUAUAAUCCCCGGUAUGAGGCAAGGCCUGUAUAUCCCACUUGUUAGGAUUGUUAGCAACGGUUAUUAAAAGAUCAGUGUAUUGUGACUGUUUCAAUUGCUAACUCAGAAGUCUGAGUUUGACGUGUAGCCAUGCAAAAUGAAACAUCUAUCACAUGAUUGAUUGUAGAUGUUUUGUUGGCCUUAUGAAUAACCUCUAAGCCAGAAUUCUAACAGAUGCUAAUGGUGGUCGAAAGCAUUUAACUUUGUUCCCUUUAGAGUUGGUUUAGAGCACUGGUUGAUUGAAGGGUCACAGCGAUGAUAGUCUUAAACUAUCCUUAGAACCGAGGCAAUAGAUGCGCAGCAUUUAUCCCCUUGAUUGUACAUUUAGUAUUUUGUUGUACAAAACAUAGAUGUUCCUUUAUACAGAAAUGAAUAUAUUGUUUAAAUUAUUUAUUUUUUAUCUGCUUAUGUGUCUACAGUGUAAGUAGUCCAUCUAAAUGUGAUCUUUUAUGUGUUGUUACCAUCAAAUCUAUCAAAUGGAAUCAAAGUGUUUAUAACGAUGGAGGCAGUGUUACCCCAUGUAGCCUUUCAUUCAAUAUAGCUGAUAUCUGCUUUUUCAUACAUCCACUUAUGUUUAACUGUGCACCAGUUCAACUAGUCCAUGGAUAGCAAGUAUAAGGCUACAGUGAGCAAUACAGUAUCUUUGAUACCAAAUGGCUGUACCUGCUGUGUUAGCCUCCGUGUUUUCAUUAAUUGUUUGCACUGAUCGAUAGCAACAUUGACUAGAUUAAUGAAUUGAUAAUUUGCAGAGCCCCGCCCUCCUUUGUUACUGUUGCUAUGCAUAGCCAAGCUUUCUAGACUUCUAGUGAUAACGGUGGCAGAUUACCACUCACAGUUCUAAUAUUAGCUACACUUAUGUAUAUAUAAUGUUAAUGUAAGAUCAGACUGUUAUUUCGUUCUAACAUAGUCCUCUUUGGCUGCUUCGUGUACAUGUUCUUAUUUUCAAGCACUACGGAUACAUUUUAACACUAAAAACAAACAGGCCUUUGGAUGAGGACUGAUGAAUUUUGAAAAUGUACAAACUUCCAGGACCGGCUUCAUACAAAAGAGAGAUACUGCACACUUGAGAUGCUAGUCCUGAUUGGGCCUUUUUAUAAUGUAACCUGGAACAAACUGCUGUUACCUAGUUAGUUAGUGAUGUGCUCCUCAGCCUUGCAAGUAACGCCUGAAUCCUACUUUAGUUAGCUAGUUAGCCGGACAUGCUAAUGUUUGCAGCUCACAUUAAAUGUUUGCUUUUGCUUGGCUUUGGAAAGGCUACAAAGAGACACUCUUGAAACUCUUUGAAUGCCAAGCACUUCUCUUACCACUGCAUAACCAGUUAUGGUUACAAAGGUAUGACUGAGAUAUUGCUCUUCAGGGCAGGGGUUUAGCAAACGGUCAAUUCAUUUGAUAAACUACCAGUAUUGAAGCCAAUCUAUAGCAUUAUAACUACCACUAAAACCUAAUUAAGAUGCACAGCACACCAUUUUGUCCCCUGAAUUAUGUGACAGGGAGAUGGAAAACCGGCUUACUGAUAUAACUAACAGCAAAUAUGUUGUACACAUAAUGUGAAAGAGAAACACAUUAUCCAUGACUGUACAGUACAAUCUCAUGGUCUAAUGACCAUCACUUUCUUAAUGAGCCAUUUUAAAUUAUAGAUUAAAAUUGUCUACACAAGGAUAGAUCGCAUAAGGGACUUUGAAAUUCAUUAUUUUUUAAAUGGCGUAGAUCACGGUGUCAUUGCUUUGUUUUCUGGGAUACUGGAUGAUUUGGCAUUACACGGACCCACUGCCAAGAUUCUCCCACAAACACUGUCAUUUUCUAGAAACCAAGGUCAAUAUGAUGCAUGGCGAUAGCAGGGAAGCGCCGUCGUAGCAGACGCUGUCUCGUGUUCUUGGACAUACGAUGCCAUAUUUUGAUCAUCUCAUCAGCGAAAUUAAAUGUAUGCUUUUUUUAAAGAAAUGUUCCUCUCCGCAACCUUGGCCGCUGCACUCGAGUGUGACACGAGAGAUGUCGUUUCACAGUGGUGAGGGCCGUUUCUUCAUCACUGUGCUGUCCGUCAAAUGAUGUUUACAUUUUGACAUUAGAGAGCUGUUAUCAUAGUGUUGCCACAGUCGUCUCAUAUCCAGCAGUGGUCGUGCAUCUGCUGCAUAUGUAGUUAUGUACAUACAGAGAGCUAUAUUUAACCUUUGCACUGGUUUGAUGGCAAGUGCACUUUAUUGACAACCUUGAAUCAACCUCCACUAGCUUUACCACUAGCUUUACAAAAUCCAGACAGCUAUUUUCCCUGUGUUUUUUGGGGGGGUUUUGUUUGUACAUGCACUGCUUCUUUAGAUCUGAAGGUCGCAUCCUGCACUUGUUGUAAAAAUUAACCACGGCUGUCCGUCUCGGGCAUUCAAGCAUUGUAUCGUCUUCAAAGAGUACAAAAGAUGACAUCGCAAAGUGCUCUUUUUUGUUCCGAAGCCUUUGCCGGGGCGCUGCAUGGUAAGCAGAGUGUCACCGUGAUUGACUCUAAUCAAAUGGGCUCCUUUAGGGCGCAGAGACCGUUCUCAAAAAGCCACUAAGCAAAGCUGUGUAAGCAAUCUGUAGGAGCUGCCAUGCAUCAUGCAUCAUUUCUCAACACCCCCUACCCCCCAACCACAAACACACAACACAUACUGUAUAUGGAUGAGGCUUUAGCUUGUUUGCGUUUAGGGCCAUGUAUGUUUACCCAAAGGGGUCGAUGGAGGGAAAAAGUGGGCAAAUACAGGUUUGAAAUUGUUUCAUGAAAUGGAUUUCUGUCCUGUAAAAGGUUUCACUUGCAGGCGCCGUAUUAGAUCAGAAAGAAUUGUAUCUACAUUACACUGAACUCCAUUCUGUAUUUUUUUGUUUUUUAUGACUAAACACGUCUGUACAUUUAUGCUGCUGUAAUAACUGAGAGUGAAUUCAGAGGUGAUCCAUAAAUCCAAUAGAUCCUUGCAAGUGCUGUCAACCUUCAAAACUAGCUGACUUGAACCUUUUUGUAUUUGAUUGCCCUUUACUGAGAGUCCAGUUCAUGUGUAGUGUGUGCGUGUGUGUGUGUGUGUGUGUGUGUGUGUGUGUGUGUGUGUGUGUGUGGAGGGAGGAGGGUGUGUAACAUGUCUGUGAAAGGAGAUGUGAUAUCAUUGUCUGCGCGUUGCUGGGACAUCCUUCAUGUGUUUGAACUGAAUGUAAAAAAAAUGUUUGACUUCACUGUGAGGAACAUGUAUUUAUUUCAUUCUGCAGUUUUUUUGCUGAAUGUAUAACAUGUAAAGUACAGUAAAUCCUACUUCAUCUGUGCCAAUACUGCUCUAAUAUUUUUCUAUGUUGCUGACUGUACUGUAUGUAUUCCUUAGUAGCUUGUGUCCUAUGUAAAAAUAUAAAUACAAAUAUAUAUAUAUAGCAUAGUAUUAUUAUAACAGAUAUGAUGUUACAAUUAAAAAUGUUCCUUUUGCAUUA